GAGAUAUCCUAAAGAAGGGAAGGGAUCUUUUUUUGAGCACUGAACUAAAGCAAUACCUGAUGCUGUUGAUUAUUGAAACAUUUGAAAUGGGACUUCUACUAAGAUCAGCAUUGUUCAAGUAUAUUAUUAUUGUUCUAAUUAUGCUUAACUUAAGGGGUUAUGUGUUGGCUGAGCAAGAACAAGGAUCACAAAUUCCACUUGAGGAGAUUAUUCAAGUUGGCGUCACUCGAAAUAAAAUUAUGACUGCACAGUAUGAAUGCUACCAAAAAAUAAUGCAGGAGCCAGCAAACGGGAAAGAGGGACACUUUUGCAACAGGACAUGGGAUGGCUGGUUAUGCUGGGGCGAUGUUUCCGCAGGAGUAAUAUCUGAACAGCGGUGCCCUGAUUAUUUCCAGGACUUUGAUCCUUCAGAAAAAGUUACAAAAGAAUGUGGAAAAAAUGGACACUGGUUCAGACAUCCUGACAGCAACAGAACGUGGACAAAUUAUACAAGGUGUAAUACCUUCACACACGAAAAAGUAAAAACAGCCUUAAAUCUUUACUAUUUGACUAUUAUUGGACAUGGACUAUCAAUUGCAUCACUUUUGAUUUCCUUGGGAAUCUUCUUCUACUUUAAGAACUUGAGCUGCCAGAGAAUUACACUCCAUAAAAACUUAUUUUUCUCUUUUGUUUGCAACUCUAUUAUCACGAUAAUAUCUUUAUCAGCCGUGGCCAAUAACCAAGCUUUAGUAGCAACCAACCCAGUUAGCUGCAAAAUAUCACAGUUUAUCCACCUUUAUCUGAUGGGAUGUAAUUAUUUUUGGAUGUUAUGUGAAGGAAUAUAUUUGCACACUCUUAUAGUGGUAGCUGUUUUUGCCGAAAAGCAGCAUUUAAUGUGGUACUAUUUAUUAGGAUGGGGAUUCCCUUUGAUUCCUGCAUGUAUACAUGCUGUGGCCAGAAGCUUAUAUUACAAUGAUAACUGCUGGAUUAGUUCUGAAACCCACUUGCUGUAUAUCAUUCAUGGACCAAUCUGUGCUGCUCUAUUGGUAAACCUCUUUUUUCUUCUGAACAUUGUGCGUGUUCUUAUAACUAAACUCAAAGUUACGCAUCAAGCAGAAUCAAACCUUUACAUGAAAGCUGUGAGAGCAACACUCAUCCUUGUCCCUCUUCUUGGAAUUGAGUUUGUACUGUUCCCCUGGAAACCUGAAGGGCGGAUUGCAGAAGAAAUUUAUGACUAUGUUAUGCAUAUCCUUAUGCAUUAUCAGGGUUUGUUGGUGGCUACAAUUUUCUGCUUUUUUAAUGGAGAGGUCCAAGCAGUCCUAAAAAGACACUGGAACCAAUACAAAAUUCAGUUUGGAAGUAGUUUUGCUCAUUCAGAAGGCCUUCGCUCAGCUUCAUAUACUGUAUCUUCAAUAAGUGAGAUCCAGGGUACUACAUAUACCCAUGAUUACAGUGAACAAUCAAAUGGCAAAAACUGCCAUGAUAUGGAAAAUGUUUUUUUUAAAACAGAAAAACAAUACAUGUAAAAUAUAUUUACUAAUAUCAAUUCUCUAUUUUACCCAUAACUAAUAAGUUACAUUUCAAUAUUAAUAUGUUGAUUUUUGUAUUAUGUUUGAUGUAAACAACCUUACUUCACUGUACAUUUUGAUAUUAUAAACUCUGCUGCUCUUUAUCUAAUAUAUUUUGAUAGAUUUGUUCCUGCUAUAGUAUUGCACAAUCAGUAUUAUUAGAAUCAGUGUUUUAUUGGCAUACUAUUUAGGUUUCAGUGAUCAAAAUGAUGUAAAGAGCAAUCCAGUAAUAUAGCUAUUUAUUGCUCUUAGUACCACUUUACAUUUGUAAUGAAAUGUUAAUAAUAUAGCGUUUUAUGAAAAAGGUUACAAAAUUCUUACAACUGAUUAAAAAAGCUGUUUGCCAUUUCUGAAAGAUAGAGAGAUAGAUAAUCUUUGUCAUUGUCACUAAAAACAUUGAGAUUAAAGGAGAAGGAAAGGCUAUUAAAGAGUUAAUCUCAAGCUGCAGGCAUACCUUCAGUUCUCUCAAUAGUGCCCUUAAGUCUCCCAGUAUUUCGCCUGUUCAGAUGAUCGGAAGCCAAACAGGAAGAAAAAACACUGAGCUGUGGAAAGAAAGUUCCCAUAAUGCCUCACUCCUGCACCGAGACUAAGACCAGCUCCUGAGUAAGCGCAUGCGCAUUUAACAUACACUGUGAGCGUGCUUUGAAUCUCACAAGCAGGAGCAGCUCGGGUAGAGUAGGGCGCACUCGCGUCUAGGGGGAGGGAGAAGAUUUGUGAAUGUGCAUUUCCUUACGCAGCACCAUGUUGGACUCAUUUAAAUAUCCAACAUGGCGGCUGUAAUAGUGGAAAUGAAAGUCAGAGUGUGCAGGCGAUAUACAGGCUAUCAAGGUAAAAAAAGUAGCGAUCAGCUACAGGGACAUGAGGCCUUUCUAGUUAUGGGGUCGCACUUUUAACCCUUUCCUUCUCCUUUAAAGGAAGCAAUCAAUUUAAUCGCAAGGCAUAACAGCAAAAAUACAUACUAAUUCAAAACUUUUUCUUAGACGAUUUGUCCUAGCCUUCAUUACUCUAUAUCUCUUUCCUGAUGGCAAAAGCUGAAAAAGACAGUGACCAGGACGUGUCUAGUCAUGUACAAUGUCCAUAGCAUUUUUCUGACAUCGGGAAAUAUAAAUUUGUUCCAGGGUGGGGAGAGGGCAGUCAAUUAUUUUCUCUGCUGCCCUGACAACCCUAUGGAGUGAUUUUGCAUCUAGUAGUACAGAUGCCAAAGAUGCUUAUGUUUGUUAUAGAACAGAGCCUGGGGCAAUGAAAUAGAUCUAUUGAGCAAGUCAUGAUCAGUGCUAUAUGCAAUAAACUGCAAUCAUUUCAUUUAGAUGAGCUAAACCUCCAAAAAGUAUUAGGGUGUAAAAGCUGUAUCUUAGGUUUUGGGCUUGCAGUACCAGCCCAGAGGUAUAGCACUGAAGAUCUAUUUCUUUCUGCUUAUGCACAGAAUAUGCCCUGGGCUUACCAAAUAGUAAUACAGAAAAUACAGAGCAGAAUUUGAGGUUACAUUUGUCAAAUAAAAUUAUCAUGUACUGUGUAUAUAUAUAUAUAUAUAUAGAUAUAUAUAGAUAUAUAAAACCCCUUCUUCCUAUCCUACAAACUUUCUUUUUUCCACGCUUGGAAUAUUAUUUGCGCCCUAGGCACUUGCCUUUAUUACCUACCCCUACUUGUGGCCCCGACCCAAUUAAUCCCCUGCAUUGAUGAUGUUAUUGCAAUAUAUAUUAUAUAUCACAGAAUGUGAUGUAAACAAAGGAAAUGCAACAUGAUAUUACAGAAACACAAAGUAAAUACAUUUUUUAAAAAAAAUUAAAUGUUUAUAUUCGUAUUAAGAAAUUCCAUAAUAGUCAUAAUUCAAACAUCCUUCUCUCAGCAUGAUUAAACUAUGUCUCAACCAUAUCUAGUAUAAAUAAAUCUAAAGCAACUGGACUUGUUAAGAGCAGCUUCUUCAGAUGAGUAGUGAAACGUCUUCAGUGAUUACUUAACAAGUCCAGUUGCUUUAGAUUUAUUUGUACUAGAUAUUCCAUGACCUGGAUGCAUGAAAAUCUUCAUAGUCAUAUUUCUAAACCAUGUUACAAUGUAUUAUUACAAAAUUAAUCAAA